AUGGCCGCCAUCAACUACCUCCUCUACGAGGCCCCCAUGGGCUACGGUGUGUUCCACAUCGAGCACCAGCCCGACAGCAUCGGCCUGCGCCAGAAGGAGGCGCAGGAGUCCAUUGCCGACCUUGCGCGGUUCGGCAAGAUGGUGAAGCUCGUCAACUUCACCCCCUUUGACACCGGAAAGCAGGCGCUGGACGAGAUCAACCACAUCUCGGAGGGUCUCAUGUCGGACCACCUCAAGUCGGUUCUCGAGCUCAACCUCCCCCAGACGAGCGGCAAGAAGAGCAGGAUCACGGUGGCCGUGGCGGAGAAGAACCUGGCGUCCGUCAUCAAGUCGACGUUCCCCGGCGUCGACUGCGAAACCUCCGAGACCUCCGAGGUCGCCGGCGACCUCCUCCGCGGCGUCCGCCUGCACGCCGACCGCCUCCUCAAGGGCCUGCAGACGGGUGACUCGACGGCGGCCGGCCUCGGUCUGGGCCACUCGUACUCGCGCGCCAAGGUCAAGUUCAGCACGACCAAGAACGACAACCACGUCAUCCAGGCCAGCGCCACCGUCGAGUUCCAGGACAAGGGCGUCAACCAGUUCUUCAUGCGUGUCCGCGAGUGGUACGGCUGGCACUUCCCAGAGCUCGUCAAGAUCGUCUCGGACAACCUCACCUACGCCAAGCUCGUGCUCGCCAUCGGCGACAAGGCGACCCUCACCGACGACCGCCUGCACGACAUCGCCGCCAUCGUCGAGGAGGACGGCGAGAAGGCCCAGGCCAUCAUCGACGCCGCAAAGGUCUCCAUGGGCCUGACCAUCACCCCCGCCGACCUCGAGAUCGUCAAGGGCUUCGCCGAGGCCGUCGUCGCCCAGGCCGAGGCCCGCCGCUCCACCGCCAACUACCUCGACAAGAAGAUGUCCGUCGUCGCGCCCAACCUGCAGACCCUCAUCGGCACCCCCGUCGCCGCCAAGCUCAUCUCCCACGCCGGCUCCCUGACGAACCUGUCAAAGUACCCGGCCUCGACGCUGCAGAUCCUCGGCGCCGAGAAGGCCCUCUUCCGCGCCCUCAAGACCAAGAGCAACACCCCCAAGUACGGCCUCAUCUACCACUCGUCCUUCAUCGGCCGCGCCGCCGUCAAGAACAAGGGCCGCAUCUCCCGCUACCUCGCCAACAAGUGCUCCAUCGCCUCCCGCAUCGACAACUACACCGAGAACCCCACCACCAAGUUCGGCGAGGCCCUGCGCCAGCAGGUCGAGGACCGCCUCGAGUUCUACGCCACCGGCAAGAAGCCCGCCAAGAACUCCGAUGUCAUGGCCUCCGUCCUGGAGCAGGUCGAGGGCGACCUGACGCUCGACGACGCCGAGAUGGUCGACGCCGUCGCGCCCGAGGUCAAGAAGGAGAAGAAGGAGAAGAAGGAGAAGUCCAAGGACAAGAAAGAGAAGAAGGACAAGGAGAAGAAGCGCAAGCACGACUCCGAGGCCGACGGCGAAAAGAAGAAGAAGAAGAAGAAGUCCAAGGACGAAUAA